CGAAAACAUAAAACAUAUCACAGUUGCAAAUUGGAGCUUCAAAAUCUGACUUACAGUAAGUAAUAGUAACAUCAUCAAAUCAUGAACUCGAGAUGUUAUAGCUUCUUCUUUGCUCUGUUAUCAUCUCUCACUGUGAUUGCUCUUGCUUACGAUCCUGAUACGCUUCAAGAUCUAUGCGUUGCAGAUCACACUUCAGGGAUCAAAGUGAAUGGUUUCACGUGUAAACCGGAAUCAAACAUCACCGCCUCAGAUUUUUUCUUCGCCGGGAUCGGAAAACCCGCCGUCGUUAACAGCACAGCCGGGUCCGCCGUCACGGGAGCAAACGUAGAGAAGAUCGCAGGGCUCAACACGCUCGGAGUCUCGCUCGCGCGUAUAGACUACGCGCCUGGAGGUUUAAACCCGCCGCACACGCAUCCACGCGCCACCGAAGUGAUCUUCGUAUUGGAAGGCGAGCUAGACGUCGGGUUCGUGACGACGGCGAACAAGCUAUUCGCUAAGACGGUGAAGAAAGGAGAAGUUUUCGUAUUCCCGAGAGGGUUGAUUCAUUACCAGAAGAACAACGACAAAGCCAAACCGGCGUCGGUGAUCUCGGCGUUCAACAGUCAGUUACCGGGAACACAAUCGAUCGCCGCCACGCUAUUCACGGCCACUCCUACGAUUCCGGAUCACGUUUUAACGACGGCGUUUCAGAUCGGGACUAAAGAAAUCGAAAAGAUCAAAACCAAGUUCGCUCCCAAAAAAGUCUAAAAAUUUGAGAAAUUUAUACCUAUAAAUUUGUGUUAGUUAUAUAUAAAUUUAUUUUACUAAUUGGUUUUAAUAAUUAAUAAAGGAAAAAGAAGAAGAAGCUUGUUCAUUAAA